AUGCACGAGAGGCUCAUUGCGAUCGCGCGCAUGCGCGAAGAUGCCGCCGCGCUGUCGCGGGCGACGUCUGCUCGCAAGGCGCAGCUCCACGAGGACAAGCGCGCCGAGCUGGCGCGCUUCACCGCGGCGCUCACGCAGCAGGUGCGAGCCGCGGAGAACGCGCUCGACGGGCACCUCCAGGAGGUCCACAGCUGGCAGCAGCGGGCCUCGGACCUGGCCCAGCUGCUCUCCAUGGCCCUGCGCGGCACCCAGCCGUGGCCGUCCCCGGCCGAGUGGGCCGCGCUCGAGGCCCGCAUCGCCUCGCUCCGCUCCUCGAUCCCCUCCUCCAACGUCGCGGCCCUCGUCAACGCCGUCGCGGCCCUCCCGAGCGCCCGCCCGCCCGCCGGCGCGGCCCCGGGCGCGACCGGCGACGCCGCCGCCUCCGCGCAGGCCCAGACGGCCGCGGCGGAGGCCCAGGCGGACCUCGUGCGCCUCCGGACGCGCCUCGCGGAGGCCGAGGACCGCGAGCAGCGCGCGCAGGAGGCGCUAGCGUCGCGGGAGAAGGCGUGCCGGGACCUGGAGGACGCGUGCGGGACGCUCAAGUGGCAGGUGUCGGCGCUGCAGGCGCGGCUGGGCGCGGCGGAGCGCGGGCGGCGGGAGGAGAUGGAGCCCGCGGAGGCCCUGGCGGACCUGACUCAGCGACUGGACCGGAUGCUGGACGUGGGGCCGGAGUCGGACGCGCGCGAGCUCGGGGACGCGGUCGCGGCGCUGAAGGACGCGACGGGCGUGGGGUCGGCGUUCGCGGCGGCGGCGUCCGCGCCCGAGGACAGCGCGCGGCAGCGGCGCGGGCGUGGCGUCGAGGCCGGGGCGGCGGUGGGGGCGGCGGGGGCGCUCGCGACGGUGGCGGGGGGUCCGGCGACGCUCAAGGACCAGUACCGGCGCAUGGUGGUGGCGAUGCGCGUGCGGUUCGACCAGGAGCGGGAGCUGUGGGAGGCGAAGCUGGCGGCGCAGCGCGAGGGGCACGAGCGGCGGCUGGCGGAGCUGGGGCACCCGACGCAGGUGUCGGUGGAGGAGGAGAACGAGGCGCUGCGGGCGGAGAACGAGCGGCUCGCGGUGCACCUGCGGUCGCUGCGGCAGGAGGCGAGCGACAGUGCGCAGUACCUGUUGUUGAAGCAGCGCGCGGAGAGCGAGGCGCGGGGCCGCGAGCUGCGCGAGCGGUACGCGCGGGACGUGGCGGCGGCGCGGACGCGCGCGCAGGAGCUGUCGCGGGAGCUGGAGAGCGUGCGCACGGGGACGUGGGCGGCGGAGCAGCUGACGGAGGAGCGGAUGGUGCACGACGCGGUGGCGGCGGCGGCGGUGGCGCGCGCGGAGGAGGCGCACCGCGCGGAGCUGGCGGAGCUGCAGGGCGCGGCGGCGAAGGAGCUGGCGGAGCGGGAGGAGGCGAUGGGGCUGCUGCUGCACGAGCUGCGGGGCCCGACGUCGCUGGCGCACGGGCCGGAGUGGGAGGCGUGUCAGGCGGCGGGGCACUCGACGAAGGACCCGGGGUGCUACGUGCGGUCGGAGCACUACUACCCGACGGGGCUGCUGAAGACGAUCGUGGCGGGGCGGCAGAGCUGA